AUGAAAGCAUUUUCACCAGUACAUAGUCUACGUCAAGUCCCCACAUCAGCUUCUGAAGUUCGAUUUGUUGACCCACAGCAUAAUAAUGGUGAUGUUGAUCUCUUGCAUCAAAUAGGUUACAAGCAAGAGUUGAGACGUCAUUACACCACUUUACAAGUUUUUGGAAUCCCCUUUUCAAUUAUGGGUCUGAUUAUACCCAGUGUGGCAUCAGUUAUCAGUAUGGGUAUAGCUUGUGGACCCGCCGGGCUAGUUUGGGGUUGGUUCAUUGCGAGUUUCCUUGUCCUUUGUGUCGGUAUUUCAAUGAGUUUCUUAGGAAGUGCCAUACCAACUAGUGGUGGUUUGUACUAUUAUACCAACUACUACUGUCCUGAUAGAUUUAGGGUACCUUUAAGCUAUUUAAUUGGGUGCUCAAACUCACUUGGAUUGAUGGGUGCUAUCUGCAGUGUCACUUAUGGAUUUGCUACUGAAGUAUUGUCGGCCGUCUCACUUUCGAUGGACAAUGAUUUUGAAAUUACAAACGCUAAAACGUAUGGCGUUUUUGCCGCUUGUAUUGUACUGAAUACAAUCAUAUCCAUCUUGACAUCUAAACGGGCAGAAAGGUUACAAUCCUUGUCGAUUAUUGUCAACGUUUUUUUGAUGUUGUUGUUUUUCAUUGCUGUACCAGUGGGUUAUUCGAGACACAAUAGUUUCAACUCGAGAGGGUUCAUAUUUGGUAAAUACGAAAAUGCAAGAGAUUGGUCUGUGGGGUGGAGUGCCAUUUUGUCAUUCAACACGGCAAUAUGGGCAAUUGGCUCAUUCGAUUCAGUAAUCUACUGUUCUGAAGAGGCAUUGAAUGCCCAAAGAUCUAUCCCCGUGGGAAUAUUAGGCUCAAUUUCUGCUGUUGGGGUCUUGGGAUGGACGGUAUUAAUCGUUUGUGCAGCUUGCAUCAAGGAUGGUAAUACCGCUCGUGUCCUUUCAUCAGAAACUGGGUCGCCAUUGGCCCAGAUCAUAUACGAUGCUUUGGGGAAAAAGUGGGCGGUUGCAUUUAUGUCAUUGAUUUCUGUGGGCCAGUAUCUCAUGGCAGUUUCUUUCUUGACUGCAUUGUCAAGGCAAAUUUGGUCAUUUGCUAGAGAUGACGGUUUGCCAAUUGUUUACAAAUACGUCAAGUAUGUCCAUCCAAAGCUAAAGGUUCCCGUUAGAGCAACGGUUUUUGCUGGUUGCUGUGCAUUGGUAAUGGGUUGUUUGUGUAUAAUUCCUGGAACUGCUGGGUCUGGAGCAUUGUUUUCUCUUGCUAUUGCAUCCACUAAUUUGGCGUGGGGUAUGCCAGUGCUUCUUGUGAUCUUGCCAUACGGAAGAAAGAAAUUCAUUCCGGGACCUUUUUAUUUCGGACAUACUUUGAGCUACAUCAUCAAUGUUAUUACCGUGCUUUACAUUUUUUUCGCCAUUAUCAUGAACAUGUUCCCGGAUUCAAGGAGUGUUAAUAAAGAAAGCAUGAAUUAUACUUGUGUAAUCAACGGAGGUGUAUGGAUGUUAUCUUUGGUGUAUUAUUACGCCUGGGGUUGGAGGAGUUACACUGGACCCAAGUCUAAUCUUGAUGGUACAGAGACAGAUGAUGAAACUAGUGUUAAAAACGUUGAUGAGGUGUUGGGAGAGAAAGCAUGA